GGCGGGAGACGGCGGCCGGGGACGACUCGGAGAAGAAGCCUCGUGGUGUGAGACAGGGAUACGUACACAAGCCCUUCCUGUACUCGCGCUACUACAGCGACUCUGAUGACGAGGUGACGGUGGAGCAGCGCAGACGCUCGGUGGCCAAAGACAAAGAGGAGCGUCUGUUGAAGCGGCAGCAGAACCGCGAGCGAAUGGAGGAGAAACGCAGACUGAGAGCAGCUCAGAACGAGGAACAGGAUCGGAAGAAACUGGCCAGUCUCUCUGCGGAUCAGAGACCUCGAGCCAAAGAGGCUCGAAAAGAGAAGAAGUUUCUUGAGAAGAAAGUGGCUCUGAGCAGACAGAGAAAGAGAGACUCCAGAAAAGAGGAUGAGAGGAAGAAAAGUGAUACUGAAGGUGAUUCAGUCAAUAAAGAUGUGAAGCCCGCGGGUCUGAAGCGACGGCCGUCUGAUCUGGAGGAGCAGCAGCGCAGGAGGAAGACAGACAGCGAGGAGAAAGUCCCUGAAAAAAACCGCAUUCAUUCCUUCAUCCUGGACCUGGAGCUGGGAACAGAAGAACGCCGGAAAACCGUUCGCAAAGACUCGCUUUCCAAAGAAAAGGAGCGCAAAGAGAAGGAGAAAGAGCGUGGCGUCCCUGACGAACGGCUCAAGCACAAACACAAGACGGAGAGCAGGAAGAGCGGAGACGCCACGGCCGACGAGAAAGAUGGAGGGACUGCGAAAGGAGCAGCUGAUGAGAAGAAGGGGUCAAAGGUCAAGCAAGACAGGAAGAGUUCUGUGUCUUCCCGAGAAGGCAAGACAAGUGUGUCUGAAGCGACAGAUGAAGGGAAUCUGAAGAAAGGAAAGAUGGCUGUGAAUGAGAAGGAGAAACCGAAGGGUGAUUCAAAGCAGCUCCGGCGUCUGGACUCCACCGGCUCCUCAGAGGAGAGGUCAGAGGUCGAGACAGGUUCAGAGGUCAGCCAGAAGAAAGACAAGCAGCCUAAAGAGAUUCCCAAGAGGUCAAAGAGCCUCUCGGAGGCUAAACCGGGAGAGAAGCCCAAGGUACGGAUGGAUAGGAAGGAUUCGUCUGUGGACAAGACUCAUCCGCAGAAAUCUGGCUUGGAAACCGAAGGACUGAAGGUCAAAUCCCUAACGGAGAAACACAAGUCUAAAUCCCAGAAUCCCAAAUCAGAGAAAAAAAUAGAAGCCAAGACUAAACCAGGAACUUCAGAACAGAAAAAAGACGACAAGAAAACUUCAGAGGAGAAAAUGAAGGACGCGAAGGUUGUGAAGAAAACGACUGAGAAGAAGGGGCAGAAAGAUUCAGACAGUAAGUUGGGAGGGAAGGAGAAUCUGCCAGAUACCGUCUCCAGUACCACACCUUUACCUGACGACCCUUACGCCACCCUGAGCGACGUCACUCCCGAAUCUGAGGACGAGGAGGCGGUGCCUAAAGAGCCCCGCCCUCUGUCUGCAGAAGCCGACGCCCUCUUGAGCCUGAUGGACGUCCGCACCUCACAGCAAGAAACGGAGGCCGAUAGGAAGAUGAAGGAGGCGGCGCUCACGCUGCUCUCCAUGGAUCCGGAUAUCACUCGCUCCUCGGAUCUCACAGCCACAGACUCUCAGAUCGCAGUGGAGACACUUCCUGUAGGCAUUGUGGACACAGGAAGUGUGUUGGAGUGCUCUGAGACCGAGUCCGGUGUAAUCACUAUAUCUGCCGCCGCAGCGGAGCCCAUGGAGACAGAGGCUCCCGGGUCACAGGAAGUGACAUCAGAGACUGGUGAUGAGCAGAUGGAUAAGAGAGACGCUCAAAUGUGUACAGGAGACGCAGCUGAAUCUACACCAGCGACCAAUGCAGACGCAGCUCAGUCCACGCAGACUCUCACUGCAGACACUGCUGAAUCCAUGCAGACCGUCACUACUGAAGAUGCAGCUGAACUCUCGCCAGCGGUCCCUCCAGAUACAGCCGAGUCUGCGCAGACCCACAAUGCAGAUAAAAACAACACAGAUUUAGCUGAGUCUGCGCAGAUCUUCACAACAGAGAUUGAAACUGAUGAGCCUGAGCAGACCCUCAUUGCAGACACAGCCGAACCUGCGCAGACCCUCAACGUAGACACAGCCGAGCCUGCGCAGACCAUCACCGCAGAUACAGCCGAGCCUGCGCAGACCCUCAACGUAGACACAGCCGAGCCUGCGCAGACCAUCACCGCAGAUACAGCCGAGCCUGCGCAGACCCUCAACGUAGACACAGCCGAGCCUGCGCAGACCCUCAUCGCAGAUACAGCCGAGCCUGCGCAGACCCUCACCGCAGAUAAAGCUGAGCCUGCGCAGACCCUCAUCGCAGAUACAGCCGAGCCUGCGCAGACCCUCACCGCAGACACAUCCGAGCCUGCGCAGACCCUCACCGCAGACACAUCCGAGCCUGCGCAGACCCUCACCGCAGACACAUCCGAGCCUGCGCAGACCCUCACCGCAGACACAUCCGAGCCUGCGCAGACCCUCAUCGCAGACACAUCCGAGCCUGCGCAGACCCUCACCGCAGACACAUCCGAGCCUGCGCAGACCCUCAUCGCAGACACAUCCGAGCCUGCGCAGACCCUCAUCGCAGACACAUCCGAGCCUGCGCAGACCCUCACCGCAGACACAUCCGAGCUUGUGCAGACCCUCAUCGCAGAUAAAGCAGAGCCUGCGCAGACCCUCACCACAGACACAUCCGAGCCUGUGCAGACCCUCAUCGCAGAUACAUCCGAGCCUGCGCAGACCCUCAUCGCAGAUACAGCCGAGUCUGCGCAGACCCUCAAUGUAGACACACCCGAGCCUGCGCAGACCCAAAUCACAGAUAUAGCUGAGUCUGUACAGACCCUUAUUGCAGAUAUAAAGAACACAGAUACAGCAGAAUCUGCACAGAUCCUCACAAAAGAGAUUGAAACUGAUGAGUCUGCGCAGACCCUCUUUGCAGAUGUAAAGGACACUGAUACCGCGGAGCCAGCGCAGACAGACUCUACAGACACAGGCGCUGCAUCCGUCUCAGACGACCAGGAACAGAUGUCAUCAGAUGCCUCUGAGACGGUGGAGCAGACGGAGAGCGGCACGCGGAGAGGACGGUCAUCCGCUCAGAGGACAGCGAAUCAAACCAGAACUGAUGCUGAAAACGAGCAAGCGGCUACUAAAGAGUGUGAGGAUGAAGAGGAGGAGAGAUCGAGCAGGACACGCAGAGGAAGAUCCUCCAGAGCAUCUGAAACACGCUCUGCUUCACAGCCCAAGGAGGCGGAGCCAGCCGUGGAGGAGGAGCCAAAAGAGCAGAACCGCAGGAGUCUCCGCUCUACAGCUCAGACCAGAGACACUCCUGCAGUGAAACCUGGACUGAAACGGAAGAGAUCAGACGAUCUUCCUGCUUCGGCUCCAGACUCAACAGUAGAGAUGGAGGAACCAGACCAAUCUGCCAAACAGAGAAAAGAUGAAGAUCAGGACACCAUCAAAGCGAGUGAUGAAGAGGAGGAGAGGAAGGAGGAGGAAGAUGUGACCCAGAGACCGACCCGUCGCGGACGACCCUCCAAAACAUCAUCUGCCACAGAUGACUCGGACACCGGAGCGUCAGAGAAGAGAGAGGAUGAUGAAGAGGAGAGCAGAGGAAGAGCGACGACUCGAGCUGCGUCUCGUCUGGAGGCAGAGAGGAAUAAACCCAGCAAACCGUCCACUCGAGCGCUCAGUAAACUCAGCGGGAAAGAGGAAAGCUCCCCGAACACACGGUCGGCGAGGGGACGCAAGCGUGACUCCAGUCCUGCACUUCCUCGCACACGUGGAGCACAGAAAUCUGACGAGCCGCCUUCAAAAAGAGGCAAACGAUGAAGAGUCUGCCUGAUCUCCUGGAGUUCACUGGGAAAUCAAUCUGAAUCAACAUGAUGGAGAUCUGCAGACGGAGGAAGAAGAGCUGCUGUGUGUGUAACUCAUCCAGUUCAUCAGAAACUGUGUGUGUGUGUGUGUCAGAGAUGCUCAUUCUGUGAAUGUCAGUAUUUUUUAUUUUAUAUUUUACCUUUUUAUUAUAAACCCUAAUAUUGCUCUGAUCCAAUUUUAGGUGUUUUUAGAUUUUUUUUUUUUUUUGCAAGUUUUUAAUUGUUAUUUGAUGUUUCUGUGAGCUUGUGUGUGUGGUUCAGAAUCCGUGGCUCGUGUGUUAUUGGGUGUUUACUGCUGCAGGAAACAGCUGUGAUCUCGUUUCUUCCAGCAGGAGGAUCUCUUCAGAUGAACCAUUCACUUAUUCCCUUCAUUUACAGCUCAGUCCCUCAGACACACUGCACAAGUGAUCAGAACAUGACAGAAAAACCUUUACAGUUGUGCUUACAGUAAUUAAAACCUGAUCCCUUGUAUAAUGCUAAAACAUA